AUGAAUCCCUUCAAUGAUUCGGCAGCACGCAGGGUUAGGCCUUCGCGUUCUUCGCUGGCUUGUCUGCCUUGUCGGUCGCGUCAUCUUAAAUGCGACGGGAAAAAGCCAUACUGCAGUCGCUGCGUCGAGACAGCUAAGCAGUGCCAUUAUGUUCCAUCGCGUCGAGGGGGUCUGGAUCGUGCUGCUCUGGCUGAACGGCGCAAAAGACUUCCUCCAACAGGGAGCGCUGCAGUAAUCGGCCUACAAUUGCCGGCGGGGGUACAGCAAGACCAUUCAUCUGGAUCAGUUGACGUGGACUUCCCUACUGAUCGUCAGCUGCUUGGUGGGAAUACUAUCGAUGAAGGCACAUCGCUAGCUGUGAUCCAAGUUGAUACCGAUAACAUCGACGGUGAUGCUCUGAUAGAGGCAUACUACAGAUACUUCCACAAGUUCCACCCGUUCGUUGUGCCACAGAAACACCUCACGAGACUCUACCAAGAUAUGCGCAGACAAGCCAGCUGGAAGAUCCUCGUCGAUGUUUUACGACUUGUCGGACAUAUUUUUAUUUCGGGAGAAUUGUCAAUUCCGCUAAAGGAUCACGUUAAGGCCUGCCUUACGCAAACGUCACCAGUAGAUGCAAUUAUAGUCCAAUGUCGACUGUUGUAUUCUAUGAUAUUGUUCUGGCAUGGCCAUGAAGACGAUGCUAAAAUAGAGAUUGACACUGCGAUCCAGAUUGCUGUUGAUCUACAAAUGUUUCUUCAAGCAUUCGCGUGGGAGCAUGGCGGUGCAGACCCUGUAGUAAGGGAAAAUUUGCGAAGGACAUGGUGGAUGUUAUACAUUGUGGAUACAUACUAUGCUGGGACUCUGGGAAUGACGGCGUCUCGACUGUGGGAUAUUGAGAGCACAGUCGAAUUGCCUUGUGAGGAAUCAGAUUAUGAAUCGGGGGAAGUGCCCGAACCCAUUUCAUUGCAAGAGUUUGACUGUCGUGAAUUCGCCCCUGACAGUGUCAGAUUCUCCUCGUUCACCUACCUUAUUGGUGCCGUACGAUGUACAGCAUUAGCAAUAUCCAUGGCACCGAAGAGCCUUGUUAAAGAGGACUCAGCUGAUGUAGUCCAAUCUGUUGACUCAAUUCUUGACGGAUGGCUGCGUCUACUACCAAAGAACAGUAACAAGGUUAUGGAUAAGUCUGGCAAUAUUGACGAGCUAAUGUUCCAAGCUCACUUGGUGAUUCAUAUAACAUCGAUUAGCUUGCAUCGGCCAUUCUCGGACCUCAAAUUCGAUAUAGUCGAGAAACUCUCCAGCUGUGCACGGGAACCCCUUUCCGGUACCCUUGCACCAGAGCCAGUCAAUAUUCACACUCUGCGCGUUCUCCAAUCUGUAGAGGCCCAAACCCGUCUUUUGGUGUUGCCUUUUCGCCAGUUCCACCAUAGUCCUUUUGUUACCUGCAUGAUCAGCGGUGGAGCACUGGCGUUACUUUCGGCCUGCAAAUUCCUCCUAAAGGGAAAAGACUUGAUGGUAGCUAGAGGGCAAAUGAAGAUGAUUAUCGGAUGCCUGAAGGAAUUAAGCGAAGUGUGGCCGAGAACGGCGAGGAAUCUGACGGAGAUCCAGACAAUUGCUCGGCAUGUGCUAGAACUAGAGACGAGGACAACUAGCAGCGGUGAUACUACAUCCGAAUCUAAUGAAUUACCAUGUCUUGCUGAUGGGGGAGGAAGAGAUGGCCGCAGCCCUAGGACUGAAACCACAGUCAGCGAGACUGGCCACUUCUCUUCCUUGAGCUCUAUUGAGGGCCUCUGUACUUGGUUUAAUUUUGACGAUUUUAGCCUUGAUCGGCUCGAAGAAUAGAGGUUACCUGCUAGAAAAAAAUACUUAUAUUUCCC